GCUGGAGAGGUAGCAAUGGGGGACAGAGAAAUGGUGGGCAAACUUAAUAAGUAUUUUGCGCAAAACACCCAAAAUGCUGCUGACGAAGGGUCUCAGCCUGAAAUGUCGACACUGCUUCUCCCUACAGACGCUGCCUGGCCUGCUGUGUUCUACCAGGAUUUUGUGAGAGUUGGGGCCACUAUCCGGAAUCCUCCUCACACUCCCGGACAGCAGGGGGCGGACAAAAGGAAAUUCCCGAUUGACAUACAGACCAGUAAGUUGCUGGACUGGCUGGUCGAUCGAAGACACUGCAAUCUGAAGUGGCAGACCUCGGUCCUGACCAUCCGGGAGAAGAUAAACAACGCCAUCCAGGACAUGCCGGAGAACGAGGAGAUCAAACAGCUCCUGUCAGGAUCAUAUAUUCACUACUUCCACUGCUUGAGAAUUGUCGAGAUCCUCAGGAGAACAGAAGCAUCGACGAAGAAUAUAUUCGGACGUUACUCGUCUCAGCGGAUGAAGGACUGGCAGGAGAUCGUCUCUCUGUACGAGAAGGACAACGUCUAUUUAGUUGAGCUGGCCAGCCUGCUGGUGCGUAACGUCAGCUACGAGAUCCCCUCGCUGAAGAAGCAGAUCAGCAAGUGUCAGCAGCUGCAGCAGGAGUACGCCCGCAAGGAGAUGGAUUACGUCAACAACGCAGCCUCCCUGCGGGACAAGUUCUGCGCCUCCUGCAGGCAGUUCGGAAUCACGGGAAAGGACGUUAGGCAGGAGCUACUCUCUCUCUGUAAGGAUCUCCCGUCCGCGCUCAAUGAUAUCGCCGAGGGAGCCAGAGAUCUCACGGACAUCAUCGAGUUGUACGAAGCCUGUGUGGAGUUUGUUUGCGGCCGUGUCCCCGAGCCCAGCGUCCCACUGCUGAAGUACAUUCAGAGCCGGGGAAACACGACCGUCUACGAAUGGAGAACGGGACAGGCGCCGACGACUGUUGAGCGGACAGUCACCAACGAACCCGCAGAGGACACGGACACUAUCGACUGGGGAGACAGCGCUGCGUCUGGAGCGAUCGACUGGGGGAUCUCGGUGGAGGAGAGCGUGGAGCCGGGCGGCCAAGAGAAGGGAGCAGACGUCAUUGACUGGGGAGAGGACGCGAACAGUGCCAUUGAGAUCAGUGUUGUGGAUUCCGGCAAAGGAGAUGACGGAGUGGCAAGAGGGAAUGAAGCGCUCUCCAUCCUGGAAAACACGGAAACCAGGAACCAGUUUGUUAAUGAGCUCAUGGAGUUACAGGUCUUCCUGACCCAGAGGUUGGCAGAGAUGAGAGAGGAGGCGGACAUCCUCUCCAUCAACCAGUUUCAGACGGCGCCCGCCGCCCUGCAGAGCCAGGACGCGGCCAGGGUCGACGGCAUGUUGGCGCUGGUGGGCGACCUCGUCCGGAGGCUGACCGAGGUGAAGAUGCGGCACCUGCUUCUGAUCCACGCCUCGCCCAGGUACGUCGACCGCGUGACCGAGCUCCUUCAGCAGAAGCUGAAGCAGGCCGAGGCGGUGGGGGCAAAGCAGCACCUGAUGGUGCAGAAGAGGCAAGAGUCGCUGGAGGAGCAGUCCGACCUGGAGCCCAAGCUGGACCUCCUGAUCCAGAGAACGAAAGAGCUGCGGAAGCUGAUCGAGACCGAUAUCUCCAAGCGCUACGAGAACCGGCGGGUGAACCUGAUGGGCGUCCUCGUCUGACCUGUCCGCCCGGCCGGCCGAAUCUUCGCAUGACUAUUUAUUUGCUGCCCGCCUGAGGAGGAGACGGCCUGCGCAGGAAUGCGGGGGGGGGGGGGGGGUGGUGGUGGUGAGAGAGAGGUCAGACCAGGCACUUAACACACAAAGGGCAUCUUGGAGUGGUCGCCCUGUCCCCACCAACAAUAAAGCAA